AUGUCUGUCAGUGUCAUACUCUCUCAAUUUGAGGCCUUGGUGAACAAGAUGGAAUUGGUCGGCUCGAGGCUCUGCAAUAAACGAAUUCGUCCCACAGCAGAUCAACUAAAUGAUUUCCAAAAUCUGCAUACGAGGUUCAAGGCAACAUUGGCAAAUUUUGACAACGGUGUUCAGAAAUUGUUAGCUAUCGGGUCUCCUGCUGCGGAAGACCUUUUGCUUGCGGAUCGUAUCCGGGCUGCCAAGGACUCCGCGCCGAUCACUUCCCCGAUUUUGACGACUUUGAAAAGGAACUUGAUCCUUAUCUUCAUGGGACCAAAAACCUUUGAACUGGAUUCCAAACAGGUGAAGGCGAGAAACAAACAGACUGAAGGUCGGUGUAAAACACUUCGGUCUCAGCAUAGCCAUGUUGUCCUUAUGUGGGCAAUGGCGCUUCAACCAUCUAUUUGGAAAACUUCAGUGGGUAUGAACGAAAAGACCUUUGAUUUCCUGAUCAGAGACCUCAGCGAUGAACGAAUGAAUCAAAUUCCGCCGCAUAUAUCUGAGAUCAUGCUAUCUCUUGCAGGCGAAGAAUCCAUGAGCACGUCUGACUCUUUCGCAUUGUUCGCCGAAAAGGUUUCGAAGGACACCGUUGAACUACAGCCGGCUUUAAAGCGGAGGCGUACAACAGGAAUCGAAGCGCACUCAACCGUGUUUGAAGCAGUCAACGAAAAACACAUGUUAUCUUCAAUGAAUACCGAAUCGCACGUGGAACAGCAUACGGCCAAUAACAUACCAAAGAUACAGCAAAACAGGCGUAAGGAAAUCUAA